AUGGAUAAAGAGACAGAAAACCAUGUCGUGGAUAUGAACGAUGCAACUGGUGCUAACAAACCUGUUAAUCCAUGGAAACUUAUGAGAUCGUUAGAGAGGUAUCAGAUAAUGACCUUUAUCGCGGCGUUUCUUGGAUGGACUUUAGAUGCCUUCGACUUCUUUGUCGUCUCGUUUGCUUUACCAUAUAUUGCUGAUGAAUUUAAAAUGAAACCAUCUGAUAUUGCUACGAGUAUUACGGUAACAUUAUUACUACGUCCUGUUGGUGCGUUAAUCUUUGGCCUACUGGCUGAUAAAUAUGGCAGAAAGUAUCCAUUAAUGGCCGAUAUCAUCUUGUAUAGCGUGGUGGAAUUAGUUUCCGGGUUUGCUCCAAAUUUCCAAGUUUUCGUAGCAUUAAGAGCUAUCUUUGGAAUUGCGAUGGGUGGUGAGUGGGGCUUAGGUGCAGCUUUAGCGAUGGAAGCUUUACCACCUGAAUCUCGUGGUUUGUUCUCCGGAAUUUUACAACAAGGUUAUCCAACUGGUUACUUACUCGCUGCAAUAUUUUAUUAUGCUGUAAUCAAGACUCUUGGUUGGCGUGCAAUGUUCUGGAUUGGUUCUUUUCCCGCUCUUGUUGUCGUUUUCAUGCGUUUUUUUGUUCCUGAAUCCAAAGCAUGGGAAAAACAACGCGAGGCUCGUAUGUCAACCAAUCAUAAUACAUUCAAUGAAAUGAAAACGAUGUUUAAAAAUUAUUGGUUGAAAACAGUUCAUACUAUCUUGUUAAUGGCAUGUUAUAGUUUCACUAGCCAUGGCUCUCAGGAUCUUUUCCCCACGUAUCUUACAAAACAACUCUCAUAUUCUCCCGGGGAUGUCACUGUGACGACUGUUAUAGCUAAUAUUGGUGCUAUUAUAGGCGGUACAUUAUGUGGAUACUUGUCCCAAUAUUUUGGCCGUAAGAAAACGGUUGUUGUAGCGAUGAUAAUAGCUGGUGCAUUUUUGCCUAUAAUAGCUAUUCCUGUUAAUAAACAACUUGUGACUUUUGGAGCGUUUGUUAUUUAUUUUUUCGUUCAGGGUGCAUUUGGUGUUGUACCUGCUUAUUUGAAUGAGCUAUCUCCACCAGCUUUUCGUGGGACAUUCCCAGGUCUGACUUAUCAAUUGGGUAACUUGAUAGCUGCUUCAUCAGCUCAAAUUGAAGCGGUACUGGGUGAAGCGUUUCCUAAAGAUGGUGUAGCCGAUUACGGACUGACUAUAGCAGUUUUUUCUGCAUGCGCUAUGUUUGGUGUAAUUGUAUUUAUUUCCACUGGAAGUGAAAAUAGAAAUGUGGAUUUCAUGAAUCAAGCAGACACUAGAUCUGAAGAAAACGAAGAAGUAGUGAUUGAAACUAAAAAUGCUCAGUGA